AUGCGGAAUAAAGAUGCCAAGACUCAAGGAGCGCUGCCUGCAAUAGAGCUCCGCGGGUUCACUGCGACCAUUGUUAAGGGAACGGCUCACAAGACAUCCAGCCAAGAUCGCGAGACAGAUCUUUCGCGAUACGAGCAGGGCCAAGCUCGGUUUCAGCGGCAGCCCGGCGAAUGGCUUCAUCUUACGGCAGCGGAGCGGACAUCGGCGUUGGAAGACUUCCAGAGGUUCGAGCCCAUUCAGUAUCUGCUAUUUCAGCGGAUCAUUCAGCAUCUUCCAGACGUCUUGAGCGGCCGUAGCCAUGCGCUGAGCCUCCUCAUGGAAGACGACCUGUGGUCAAAAUUAUACAGGGAGAGAUAUGUCAAAUCAGACGUCUUGUUGUUGCGAAACUGGUUUGAGCUCUACUGCCACAAGAUGCCGCAUGCCAACAUCAUCGAGGUUGGAGGAGGCUCGGCGGCCUCCAGUGUGUCGAUUCUGCGGAAGAUUGGCGGUCAAUCUGGCGAGACGCCAUGGUUCAGCCGCUACGUCUUCACGGAUAUCUCGACCGGCUGGUUUGAAGACGCGCAAAAGCUGCUCGAGCCUUGGCAGCAACAUGUGUCGUUCGAGAAGCUGGAGAUUGAUCAAGAUCCCACCACGCAGGGGUUCGUGAAGGGGUCGUUCGAUGUAGUGCUCGCGGUCAACGUCCUUCACACUACCGAGAAUAUAUCCCGAACGCUGAAAAACUGCCACUCGCUGCUGAAGCCGGGCGGGAAGCUUGUCCUCGGAGAAAUGAUGGACAAAGACGAGCCCACGGCCUUCAUAUGGGGCACGCUCCCGGGGUGGUGCUCGCCGAAGAUGGAAGACAAAACGGGCCGCUUCUGUCGGAAGAUGAAUGGGACCGCUCGCCGAGUGACCAUAUAUGACCGAACUCGGGAUGUUUCUCACGGUUUGAAGAUACGCCUGGAAGCCAGUGGCCUGUCUGUGGAACCAUGGGACAUUGAAGAGGCCGCCCGGCAAUGCCGGGGCAAGUGCACAAUCUGUCUGCUCGAGUUGGAUGACCCAUUCCUUGCUCAUAUGGACGGAAAAGGAUUUGAGCACGUGCAGAAGCUCAUCCUGAACAGUGCUGAGCUUCUCUGGGUCACCUUCGUUCCUGAGCCGCAGGCUGAAACGGCUCCAUUUAUGGGCCUUGUCUCUGGUCUUCUCCGAACUGCGCGUACAGAGAACCCCCAGCUCCGGCUACACGAGCUUCACCUUGUUGGCGGCAGCAACACAAGUCCAGACGCUUCAACGCUGGCAGACUUGAUAGUCCAGAAGCUUCGCGAGUACAGCCAAGAAUGUGGUGCGGCGGCAGGGGAGCCCGAAGUCAGGCAUCGUGACGGCCUUUUCCAGGUUAUGCGCUAUGCGCCAGAGCCACAGCAGAACGAGGAGCUUGCGCAGACAAGGUCGGGGCUGGUUUUACGUCCUCAACCACUGAUCCAGCCCGGUCGACCAAUGAGGCUCGCUAUGCAGACGGCCGGCGCGCUGGACUCUCUGCAUUUCGUUGUCGACGAAGAGGCUUCGAAGCCUCUUGGCGAGCAAGAAGUUGAAGUCGAGCAUCACUUCUGUGGCAUGAACUUCCGGGACAUCGUGGUGGCCAUGGGCCAUCUUCCGAUGACGGGAUUUGGUUGCGAAGCAUCCGGGGUUGUGACGAGCAUCGGCUCUCAGGUAACAUUGCUUCAACCGGGCGACCGCGUCAUGGGUGCUGCCAUGGAUUCGAUGAGGACGAAAUGCCGCGCUUCAGAGACGGCGUAUCACAUCAUUCCCGACGGCCUAUCCAUGGCAGACGCAGCCACCAUUCCCGUGGUUCACAUGACUGCGUACCGCUGCCUGGUGGACGUCGCGCGCCUGUCGAAGGGGGAGUCGGUUCUCGUCCAUGCUGCCGCGGGAGGACUCGGGCUGGCCUGUAUCCAGUUGGCAACAUACCUAGGAGCCAACAUCUACUGCACCGUCGGGAGGAAAGCCAAGAAGGAGCUCAUGCUGGAACUGGGUAUACCGGAGUCCAACAUCUUCAGCUCACGAGACCUGAGUUUCGCAGGCGGCAUCAUGCGCCAGACAAAGCAGCGCGGUGUCGAUGUCAUCGUCAACUCCCUCACCGGCGAGGCGCUCCGUCAAACAUGGGAGUGCAUAGCCCCCUUUGGACGCUUCCUCGAGGUAGGCAAGCGCGACGUAUACGAUAACACUGGACUGGAGAUGUCUCGCUUCUUGAAAAAUGUUCAGUUCAGCUGCGUCGACAUCGCACAGCUGGGUGCCGACGACCCGGUCUCCUACCAGCGGCUGCUCAGGCGGGUUGUCGAGCUGCUCAACGAGGGCCAUCUUCGGCCGAUCCGGCCACUGACAACAUUCGACAUGACAGACGUCGAGACGGCGUUCCGGAAAAUGCAGCAAGGGAAGCACAUGGGCAAGCAAGUGCUCGGCAUCACGUCCGAGUCUCGGGUCACGGCCCCGGCGGCCCGCACGGCAAGUCUCGUGCUGGACCCGGACGCAACCUAUCUCCUGGUUGGAGGAUUCGGCGGACUGGGCCGUGGUCUUGCUUUGCACAUAGCAGAGCAUGGAGCGAGGAAUUUGGUUCUCGUGUCACGGUCUGGGCCCACACGCCCCGAGGCGCAGGGUCUGCUGCGUCGGCUCGAGUCCAUGGCAGUCAAUGUCAAGCCAAUUUCCUGUGACAUUGGCGACCAAGAGUCGCUUGCGGCCAUGAUACAGUCCCUCACUGCCACCAUGCCGCCGUUGCGCGGCGUCAUCCAGGGGGCCAUGGCCUUGCACGACAAGUUGUUCUGCAACAUGACCUCUGAGGAAUGGAGCCAGUCCAUACGGCCAAAGGCCGCAGGAUCUUGGAACCUGCACAAGCUUCUACCUAAGCAUCUUGACUUCUUCCUCAUGCUAUCAUCCGUGUCGGGUGUCAUCGGCUCUGCCUCGCAGUCCAACUACGCGGCCGGUAACGCAUUCCAAGACGCCCUCGCUCACCAUCGCCGUUCGCUCGGCCUCAGGGCAAAUGCCCUCGAUCUGAGUGUUAUCCACGAAAUGGGCUAUGUGGAGGAGAACAGGCAGUCGUUCAAGCUAGGUCAUGCCUUGGACUAUACGGGCUUGGAUUCGAAACGACUCCUUGCGGUUAUUGACACUGUCUUGUCCCAGUCAUCGACACAGACUGUACCAGCUCAACUCGUGCUCGGCCUGGGCACCGGCGGCAUCGAGCGCACGUUUAAGAGCCAGGCCCCCGGCGAUGACUUUUGGUGGCUACGGUCCAGUCCCCAGUUGUCCUACCUGCUUCGCGUAGACGCGGCCGACUCCGACACUGCAACGGGCGCCACCAACAUGUCGAGCCACCAAGAGCGGCUCAGGAGUGCCAAGAGCACCGACGAGGCUGCCGAGCUGGUCCAAUCCAUGGUUGUCGCCAAACUAUCACGCAUCAUCAUGCGACCCGAGGCAGACAUCGACCGUGCCGCAACCAUGCAGCAGUAUGGUCUCGACAGUCUGGUCGCCUCGGAAUUGAGAAAUUGGCUCAACAAGGAGUUGGACUGCCAUGUCAGCAUCCUGGAGCUUUUGGACUCCCGGUCAAUAGCGGACUUGUGUGCCAAGAUUGUCCUUCGAUCCAGCGCCGUGGCUCAUGCUGGGGGAGGUAAGAUGCGGAUUUAA